AUGGCAGGCGAUCUUUUCCCAGGCUGUGAGCGUGCGGUGAAACCUAUGCGGCUCAGCGAGGCAGCGAUGGAGCACUUACACCACGUGGCGGGUAAUGACACGGGUUCGCAGCACGAGAGCGCGAAAGGGGCUACCGCAACACUGCUGCUAUUUCUGUGCCUGCUGCUCGCCGUCUGGAACCGGGCCGAGAAAAAAUGUACUGUUCCAGGACCAUCCUUCUGUCUGGGAGUGGGACCAUUGCUUUCAUACUGUCGGUUUAUCUGGAGCGGGAUCGGCACAGCGAGCAACUACUACAACCAGAAGUACGGGGAUAUAGUGCGUGUCUGGAUCGAUGGAGAGCAGACUCUCAUUCUCAGCAGGCCCUCAGCAGUCCACCAUGUCCUGAAGCACACCAACUAUAUGUCCCGCUUCGGGAGCAGGCAGGGACUUCAGUGCCUGGGUAUGCAUGAGCAAGGAAUCAUCUUCAACUCUAACGUUGCCCUCUGGAAGAAGGUCCGCACUUUCUUUGCCAAAGCUCUAACAGGUCCAGGGCUGCAAAGGACAUUAGAGAUUUGCACUUCUUCCACAAACCUGCACCUGGACAACCUGUUUCAACUGACGGACACACGGGGUCAGGUGGAUAUUCUUAACCUCCUUCGCUGCAUCGUGGUGGACAUCUCCAAUAGGCUUUUCCUCAAUGUGCCUGUCAAUGAACAGAGUCUGUUAUCUAAAAUUCAUAAGUAUUUCGACACCUGGCAGACUGUAUUAAUUAAACCAGACAUUUACUUCAGACUGAAGUGGCUGCACAAGAAACACAAAAGUGCUACUCAGGAACUGCAGGAUGCCAUUGAAGACCUGAUAGAACAGAAACGAACUCAGUUGUUAGAGGCUGAGAAACUGGACGACCUCAAUUUCACUGCAGAACUCAUAUUCGCACAGAGCCGUGGUGAGCUGACAGCAGAGAACGUAAGGCAGUGUGUGUUGGAGAUGGUGAUUGCUGCUCCAGACACUCUCUCCAUCAGUGUGUUCUUCAUGCUUUUAUUGCUGAAACAGAACCCUGACAUCGAACUCAGAAUCCUGCAUGAGAUCCAAUCAGUCUUAGGUAACGGCAGACUGCAGCAUUCCCAUCUGCCCCAGCUGUGUGUCCUCGAGAGCUUCAUUAAUGAGUCGCUCCGCUUCCACCCUGUUGUGGAUUUCACCAUGCGCCGGGCACUCAACGAUGAUGUCAUCGAGGGCUACCAGGUGUCCAGAGGGACAAAUAUCAUUCUGAAUGUGGGCCGUAUGCACAGGUCAAAGUUCUACAACAAGCCCGACCAGUUCAGCCUGAGCAACUUUGAAAAAAUGGUCCCAAACCGCUUCUUCCAGCCUUUUGGAUCGGGUCCUCGCUCCUGUGUGGGGAAGCACAUUGCCAUGGUGAUGAUGAAAGCCGUCCUGGUGACGUUGCUGUCCCGCUACUCGGUGUGUCCUGGGCAGGACUGCACACUACAGAGUGUCCCACAAACCAACAACCUCUCACAGCAGCCUGUAGAGGAUAAGCACACACUCACUGUCCAGUUUGUCCCCCGUAACGUCACCACCCACCGCCCCUGACCCAUCCUCACCUCUCCACACUGAACCACCCGCUUUUGCUCGGUUUAUCUGCAGGCCUCUAGUUCACAUUCUAGCUGGUCAUUCUCCUCCAAGGUCAUGCUCCUCACUCACUUACAGUGUGUUUUACGCUGUAACCUAUGUGUGAGAAGUGGAACGUUCUUCGCGGAAGGGCAGUUGACUGACUUGCAUGCACAAGGAAAAAUUUGUAAAAUAAAGAUAAAUUAUUAUGAAA